CAUUUAUCAUUUAUUCGGUUCAAUGCCAUUUAUGUUGGUUUUGGUUAAUUAGUUUUUCUUUUAUUUGUAUAUAUCCCAAUUGAACAAAUCUAAUUAAAACGUGAAAAAUUUUUCUCUUCUAUUCCACGAUCAAUGGCAAUUUACAACACACACACACACACACACAUCAUCAAUAACAACAACAAAUCUUACGAUGAUUAUCGUCGAAUAAAGCAAAUGCACAUUUAAUUCUACAAAACAACGAGAUCAACCCCACUUAACAUUGAAUUUGAAUUUAAAUUUGUUUUUUUUUCAUCAUCAUUUACCAUCAAGGAAAAACGGCUUACAUCACACCAAUAUAACAACAACAACAACAACAAAACAGCUACGACAGCAGAAGCAACUAUUUUAAUCUAUUCAAUGACAGUUUCUCAUUCGUUUUUUUCUUUGGUUUUACCAAUCAAUCAAACCUUAUUAACACCGCCAACUUUGACACAUAAGUAAUGAAAAAAAAAAUUCUUCAUUCUUUCACAUGUGCAUGUGUAUUGUUGUUGUGCACCGAUUUCAGUCGAAUUUGAAUUUAAACGAUUUGUUGCACGAAUCAUUGUUUACCCAACAACAACAAAAUGAAUGGGCAUCUAGAUUUUUGUUUUAAAAGUUAAUUUCAUCAUCAUCAUCAUCAUCAUCUCUCUUUAUUUGAUUGUUUGUUUGUUCAAAUGAAAAAGACAUACAUAGUGCAAUAGAAAAACUCUGAUUGCCAACAUUCAAUCCUAUAUAUAAAUAAAUACAUCUACCAUUAAUGAACAUAAAAAUGGGAAAAUAAAAACGAUCCACAAGAAAGUUGGGAAAAAUUGGAACCAGAAAAACGAAAAGAAACGACCCAAAAUCGACGAAACCAAAUGACUGUGUGUGUGUGUGUGUGUGUGCGAUAUGUUUGACAACAAAUUUUUCAUCGUGUUUUUUGAAACCAUCAUUGGUUCCAGUUUGUCAUCAACACACACCGACAAUUCAGACAAUUUCAUUUCAUACCGUUUCUCACAGCUUCAUUUCUGUUUGUGGUUUUUUUUCAUUGUGUGUUUUGUGUUUAAUUUAUGACUUACACUAUUGUUGUUAUCAUAUUAUUAUUGAUUGACGAAAAAAAACGACUACGGCGACAUAGUCUGAACAUAAGAAAAAAGAAUAGAAAAGAAUUAUUUAGGAAUUGGCGAUGGAAAAAAUGUUGAUGAAGAAGAGAAUAUGAAUGGGCAACAAAAAUACAAUGACAAACACCAGCACCACCGCCACUACUACCGACGGGGCAACAUCGACAAGAAUUUUCUUUAUGAUUUUUCAAUGUGACUACUCUUUUUUCGUUUCAACAUUCGCCUUAUGUGGUAACAAAGUAGCACCAAUAAAUUAACUAAAAUUGAAUGAAAAAGAAAAAAAAAUGUCCGAUAACGAUGAACAAACCGAUCUAAUCGAAUUAGAAGUGCCUCUAAAUGUGAAUAAAACAUCAUCAUCAUUAUCAUCAACUACACAAACCACCACGACAGCCUUAAAUGAUCAAAUUAAAUCAAAUACAUUUCCACCGGAACAAUCGUCAAAAAUAAAUGUCCAGAUUGGCCGAAAAUUUCGUUGGCCAACACCUUCAAUGGUCAAUGCAACAGCAGCAUCAGCAAUAAAUAAUCGAUCAUCGCCAUCAAUUGUCCAUCAUCAUUCAACAUCAUCAGCAUUAAUUAAUGAUGCACAUCAUUCUCACUCAUUGGGUUAUAUACCGAUUGAUCAGACAACGACAGACAUUUUGAAAAGUCGUGAAGGUCGACGUCGUGUGACCAUAAAUGUGGGUGGUGUUCGUCAUGAGGUAUUAUGGCGUGCAUUGGUACGAUUACCACAUACCCGUUUGGGUAGAUUACGAGAAUGUGUAACACAAGAAUCGAUAUUUGAAAUUUGUGAUGAUUAUAAUGCCGAUGAAAAUGAAUAUUUUUUCGAUCGUCAUCCACGUUCAUUUGCAGCUAUUUUAAAUUUUUAUCGCACAGGAAAAUUACAUUUAGUUGAAGAAAUGUGUGUUAUGGCAUUCAGUGAUGAUCUGGAUUAUUGGGGCAUUGAUGAAUUGUAUUUGGAAUCUUGUUGUCAGCACAAAUAUCAUCAACGUAAAGAACAUGUUUUUGAAGAGAUGCGAAAAGAAGCCGAAUCAUUGAGGCAAAGAGAUGAAGAAGAAUUCGGAACGGGCAAAUGUGCACAAUAUCAAAAAUUUGUAUGGGAUCUAUUGGAGAAGCCAACAUCAUCGUUUGCUGCAAGAGUAUUGGCCGUCGUAUCGAUAUUAUUCAUCAUAUUAUCGACCAUAGCACUUACAUUGAAUACGAUUGAUAGUUUUCAAGUGCACGAUCCAAUCACUGGUGCCAGUGAAGAGAAUCCAAAAUUAGCUAUGAUUGAAGCCGUAUGUAUUACAUGGUUUACAUUGGAAUAUAUGUUGCGUUUUAUGUCAUCGCCGAAUAAAUGGAAAUUCUUCAAAGGUGGCCUGAAUAUUAUCGAUUUACUUGCAAUAAUGCCAUAUUUUGUAUCAUUAUUUCUUAUUGAAUCAAAUAAAAGUUCCGAACAAUUUCAAGAUGUACGUCGUGUGGUGCAAAUAUUUCGUAUAAUGAGAAUAUUGCGUAUAUUAAAAUUGGCAAGACAUUCCACUGGUUUACAGAGUUUAGGUUUUACAUUGAAAAAUAGUUAUAAAGAAUUGGGAUUGCUCAUGCUGUUCCUCGCUAUUGGUGUAAUGAUAUUUUCAAGUCUAGCAUAUUUUGCCGAAAAAGAUGAACUUAAUACAAAAUUUCGUUCAAUACCCGAUACUUUUUGGUGGGCAAGUAUUACAAUGACAACCGUUGGUUAUGGUGAUAUUUAUCCAACAACGCCAUUUGGUAAAAUUAUUGGUGCUGCUUGUUGUAUUUGUGGUGUAUUGGUGGUAGCAUUACCCAUUCCAAUUAUUGUGAAUAAUUUUGCUGAAUUUUACAAGACGCAAAUGCGAAGAGAAAAAGCAUUAAAACGUAAAGAAGCACUGGAAAGAGCUCGUCGUGAUGGUUCGAUCAUAUCAUUUCCACAUGUAAAUUUACGUGAUGCAUUCGUUAAAUCGAUGGAUCUGAUUGAUGUGAUUGCUGAAAAUAAUAAUAAUACAAUUAAUCAACAACAGAUUGAUCAAAUCAGUGUCGGUGGUGAAUCACAAGCCAAUACUGGUGUCGGUUGUUAUAGAAAUUUUGAUCAUUUUCUAAAAGGUGGUUAUAUGGCUGCCACGGAUGCCGGACAACGUGCUGAAAGUUAUUUUGAACGACCAACAUCUGGAAUGGUGACAACAACAAAUCGAGCCAAUUCUAUUAGUACGAAUAAUCUUCUUGAUUUAUCACCAUUAUCACAAACAACAACGAAUACAAAUCGAAUGAUGAUGAAUCCUAUGGACGAUCAUCAAAUCAUGAACAAUCAAGAUAAUCAUCCAGCAACUAGAUCGAGUAAAACAAAUCUAAGUUUUUCAAAUCCAAAUUCAAUGAAUCAAACAUUCAAUGAUUCAAAUAAUGAUGAUCAAGCAACUAUGAAUGCAAAAAAAUCAACAACAAUUCUGAAUAAUGUUGUGAAAUCUACAAAUCUAAUGGAUUAUAAUAAAAGACCAACAUCGAAUGCAUCGAUAUCAUCAUUUUCAGUAAUAAAAACAACCGAUGAUAAACAUCGAAUGAUGAAACAAUCAAGAAAAUCGAUCGAUUUACGUUCGAAUGAACAGCAGCGUCAUUCGAUGAAAGGAAGAUGGCGCCAGUAACUGAAUGGCUGGAAUAAAUAAUUUUUCACCUGAUAAUCCCCACAUUAUGAUA